UCGCCGAGUUUCCAUAACCUCUGGCGAAACGUUAGGAGAGAAUGCUUCUGGAACAUGGCCAUACAGCCCGGAAGACUCACAGCAACCCAUUGAUUCUGGCCAUCAAAGCCUUGGACGACGCCUCUUCUGUUUCUGAGACACGGUCUGCCUUGAGAGCGACAGUACAGCCCUGGGAGACUUUCCUCGGCCAGGCGCACUGAAAGUGGGGAGGGGCUUCUGUGGGCUUCCUUUCCUCGCUGAUUGGAGGAGAGGGUGGGCUUGGCUCAGUCCCCGACACCAGGGAAGCCCUUCCAGGAGGAAGGAGGCCGGCUGAGAAACAGCCCCGUCGCUCCCUCCGCAAUUGCUCUAUAUAAGAAGGCAGCGCGGGGCUCCGGGCGCUCCCGUCCCGACAUGGGUAAAGGAGGCGAAGGAGACCCGGAGCGCCCCGCCGCUUCUUUCCCGGGCUCCGGAGCGGCCGCCCAGAGGAUGCUCGAGAGGCACUGUCCACUGGGGAGGCGGCAGGCGGCGAAAGGUCCUCUGGCUUGGCUUCGGCGCUGACUCUACUUCCCGGCGUCGCAGAGCGAGGAGGAGAAUGCGCGGUGGCGCCGGGCGGCCCACGCAGCGCGGGGCUCCGGCCACCAAGAUGGAGUCUUACUUUGCAAAUACGACAUUUCAUUCCAAAAUAACAGAAGCAGCUGAUGUUAUUGUUGGCGUCUUUUAUAUUGUAUUUGGCAUAUGCUCUUUUUGUGGGAACAGUAUCCUCCUCUAUGUUUCCUACAAGAAAAAGAACCUAUUGAAACCAGCAGAAUACUUCAUGAUCAACUUGGCCAUCAGUGAUCUUGGUAUGACUCUGACCUUGUACCCUCUAGCUGUUACAUCCAGCCUUGCACACAGGUGGCUGUUUGGGCAACAAGUUUGUUUAUUCUAUGCAUUUUGUGGAGUGUUUUUUGGAGUCUGCAGUCUAACUACGCUGACACUACUGAGUAUAGUGUGUUGCCUAAAAAUUUGCUUUCCAGUUUAUGGGAACAGAUUUAGACCAGGACAUGGUUGGAUAUUGAUAGCCUGUGCUUGGGUCUACGCAGCCAUUUUUGCCUUUUCCCCACUAGCUCACUGGGGAGAGUAUGGAGCAGAGCCUUAUGGUACAGCAUGUUGCAUUGAUUGGCGUAUAUCAAACAUGAAGAAGACAGCCAUGUCUUACACUACUGCCCUCUUUGUCUUCUGCUACAUCAUCCCCUGUGGAAUAAUUAUUACUUCCUACACUCUUAUCCUGAUUACUGUGAAGGAUUCCAGAAAAGCAGUGGAACAACAUGCCUUGGGACCCACCAGGAUGAGCAGUGUGCACACCAUUACAGCCAAGCUGAGCAUCGCUGUAUGCAUUGGAUUUUUUGUGGCCUGGAGUCCAUAUGCUAUCAUUGCAAUGUGGGCCGCCUUUGGAUCAAUUGACAUGAUUCCUCCACUAGCUUUUGCAGUUCCAGCUGUAUUUGCAAAGUCUUCAACACUUUACAACCCGGCUAUGUAUCUUUUUCUAAAGCCCAAUUUCCGAAGCACCAUUGCCAAAGAUCUUACAGUACUCCACCGAUUAUGUCUCAAAAGCUGCUUUUGUCCCAGAGGCAUGCAGAACUGCUCUUACAGAUCAGCUCUUGAGGCUCCACUGAAGUCAUUUAAAGGAAGAAAUGAAUCAAGCAGUAACUCUGUGCAAAUCGUGGGAGGAUGCUCAUACUUUCCUUGUGAGAAGUGCCAUGAUCCCUUUGAAUGCUUCAAGAACUAUCCAAAAUGCUGCCAAGGGAGGCUAAAUGUUUUGGAUCAUACUCCUCGAGAAAGUAUAUCAGUGGAAAAUAACAUGCAAUCCAAAACAAAACAUGCUUCUGAAAAAUAUAUAAAGGUUGUGAUCAGGGGAGAAAAAAACACUGAUAUUGAUAAUUUGGAAAUAACAUUAGAACACAUACCUACAGAUAUUAAAUUUGCCAAUCUUUAGCAUAUGCAGACUCUUUGAGCAAUAGUUUAAUUGCAUAGACUGAAUGAAUGUAAACAUUUUUAGGCACUAUCAAUUUUAUGCAGUUAUCUUACUAUUAUAGUAGGAUUAAACAAAGCAGCGGAAAUGUGUUAAAAUAUGUUUUGCAUUUGCCAUGCACUUAACAGACCUAUGAGCUUUCAGAACAAACUGUGCUUGCUGCAUUUUAUUUGCUUCAGACUCUUUGGUUUUAGAUGUUAUUUGCAGGCAAUCCCCUAGUUACAAACAAGUCAUAGUUAAGAACAGGGGUGAGACAACAGGAAGAGAGAGAAAUCUAUCUCUUGGAAGGGAAAUUUGCACCUAAGAGAUAUAAUGGGGAAAACAUGUCUCCACUAAGCUUUCUCACCAAUCCUUGUUUCAAUAACAAGCCAAAUAUUUCACAAUCCGAAUAUCACCAGGAUAGAAAGUGAGGGGAAAUCUUCUGAACACAGGCACAGACAGAAAAACAAGAACCACAGGAGUGUUAACCCUUCCCUAUGCUAUUCAAAAACUCACUCACUCACUCACUCAAUCUCUCUCUCUCUCUCUCUCUCUCUCUAUAUAUAUAUAUACACACACACACACACACACACAUACACACACAAAUACAAACAUACAUACAUACAUAUAGCUGAAGUUACACUUUAAAAAUGUACCUGCUUUGACUUACAUGUAAAUUCAUCUUGAAAACCUACCUACAGAACCUAUCUUGUUAAUAACUUGGGGGCUGCUUGUAUACUCAUGUAUAAGUCACCUAUUUUAGUUAAAAAUGACCAAAAAAAAACCUUUUUUGAGUGAUCUUGUUCAUAACUUGGGGACUGCCUGUACUCCGAAUGCCUGUUGUCUGAAUGCCUGAUAAUCGCCUCUCAAAACAGUUACUCUACUCAAGAAUGGAAAACAGAAUGUUGAGAUUUAAAGAGAUUCAAAGAUGGGCUGAAAGCUAACCUUAAACACUGUGGCAUAGACACCAAGAACUGGGAAGCCAUGGCCCUUGAGCACUCUAACUGGAGGUCAGUUGUUACCAACAGUACUGUGCAAUUUGAAGAGGCACAAAUGGAGGGUGAAAGGGAGAAACGUGUCAAGAGUAAGGCAUGUCAAGCUAACCCUUGUCGAGACCACCUUCCAUCUGGAAAUUGCAGAUCAAGAAUAGGUCUCUACAGUCACCUACAGACCCACCACCAAGACACUUGGGAGACAAUCAUACCCAGCCACAAGGGAUCGGCUAUGAUGAUGACUGCCUGUACUCUGCUUUAUGGAACUAAACUUCAUACUUGUGGGAUUUUUCUAAAAAACAUUAACCUUUGAGUUCUUGGUGUAUAUAUUUUAUACAGUCAGCAAAAGUAUUUUGAACACUUGGAGAGUAUUUUAUAUAAUAAUAUAAUGCUGUUGGACUGAUAUUGUCAUCACAAAAAGCUAAUUAUCCUUCCACUUUUGCUGGAAGCUGCAGAUAACAUUUUCACCUUCAGAUUGGGUUAUGUUCAAGUUCUCAGCUGAUUUCUUUGCAGGAUCAAGGAGUUGGAAAUGCUCCUUAUUCUGGUACAAAUUGGUGUUGAUAUUUUGUUUUCAGACAAUUGCCUGUACAGGUAAGCUUCCCAGCCUGUUCUUUUAAAAUUAAAUUUGUAAUGUGAUGGACCUAUCCUGCAGCUGUGAUCUCCUAAGAAGCAUUGUGGGGACAGUAUUGCCUAUUUGGUAAGGUAUAGAUUACAGUAUGUUAAAAAUAGAUUAGUGAUGAUAAAUGAUUUACCUCACAGCAAAACUCAGAAACUGAGCCAUUUAGAAUAGAGUACAAAAUAUGUCAGGUAGCCACAUCCAGGAAAAUAGCUGAUUAUGUAUUCAGAAGGAGCAUUUGAUAUUCCAUCCAAAACCGUGUUACAAUCUUUGAUCCUCCAGAGCUUCAGUUACCAGAAUUCCUGAUUGUUGAUGAAGCUAACUAGGGACUUCAUCAUAUGGAAAUUUCUCCCGUGUUCUUUCUGUUUUCACACACUGGUGAAACGGAGUCUCACAGAGGCCAUCCCAUGACAUACGAUCACUUUCAGUAUCCACCCGGUGGCUGUCCGUGGUAUUCGGUCUUGCCAGCAUGCUACAAAUGAGAGAAGACUCACUUUUCAGGAGUUGGGUGUACCCAACUCCUGCUUCCAGAAAGUGUGUGUGUGUGGGGGGGGGGGGCAGCAAGGGAAAGCAAAAAGCAUAUGGGGAAAGGUUAUGGGAUGGUUGGCCAUCCCUGAAGGUGGACCCUGUUGGGGGAUAACAGGGUAAGAUGUUUUCCCCCAUUCUUCCGACACCUUUCCCCCACUUCCCUUCUGCCUGUCUGAUGAAGUCCAUGGUCUUCUACGACAUCGGACGAAGGCAGAGAAGUGUCUUCUCCCUGCUUCUUUGCACUGCCAGAAUUGAAUCCAUCGUAUGAUGCAGGGAUACUUCUGGCAGGACUCCACGGGGCUCCAUGUCAGCAGUGUUGCAGCAGUGGAGAGAAACAGCCCAAAGGAGCUGGAAGACGAAGUGGGGACAGCAGGGAAACAUUGUUGGAAGGGAUGUCAUGGACCCCUAUGGUAGGGAACAGAGCCAGACAGUUUCCUACAGUGCCUCAUGAUUUUCCCCACUGUUCCCUUCUUUACAAAGGGCCAUCUGAUGAGGUCCCUAACCAUGGAUCCUGAUGGUAAGGAACACAGCCAGACAGUUCCCUAUACAUCCUCAUGAUUUUCCCCAUUGUCUCCUAAUUUACAAAGGGCCGUCUGAUGAGGUCCCUAACCAUGGAUCCUGAUGGUAAGGAACACAGCCAGACAGUUCCCUAUACAUCCUCAUGAUUUUCCCCAUUGUCUCCUAAUUUACAAAGGGCCAUCUGAUGAGGUCCCUAGUACCCAACAUUUAGAACACAUGAAUGAACAAAGGUUGAGAACCACUUAUUUAGAAGCUUGUAUCUUGCUGCUAAAUACUUUCCACUGGUAUUGUUAUUAAUUUUCAUCAGGUUGGCAUGAAUUUAUGGUAAUCCUAAGCAUGAGAGACCUCCAGGGCACCUUGUAGUCAACAGUCCUUUUUGUACUGCCUCCUACUUUACUGUUAUUUUGUUUUCUGAUGAGGCAUAUUUCUGGAAUGGCUAAAAUAUAAAAGCCUCACAAUUGGUGAUAUUGGCUUCUAGGCAAUGCUUUGCUCUAGGACAGUGGUGGCGAACCUAUGGCACACAUGCUGGAAGGGGCACGCAGCAUCCUCUCUUGGCAUGCGAGCUGUCGCCUGUCCCCUGCUUGCUUGCCUGUCCACCCCUGCCCACCCCCCACUCACCCACCCCUUGCUCUCCCAACACUUGUUUGCCACCCGCCCUCUUGUUUGUUCACCUCCCAUCUGCUGCCCACCUGCUCCCUUGCUCAUUUGCUACUUGCUCCCCUUGCUCAUCCUCCUAACUCCCCCCCCCCCCCAGCUGUUUGUGCACUCUGUCUUUCAAAGGUUAACCAUCACUGCUCUAGGACCUACAUAUUUUGGCAGUUCAUGGUAUGUGUAAAGCUCUCCUCUAGCACAUUUUAAUUGGGCAAUCCUCUUUCUUCACUGUCCAGUUUUCACAACCAUACAUUGAAAUAGGAAAUACUAUAACAUGGACAAUCCUGACUUUGGUUUUAAUGGUGAGUCCAUUGGUAUAUUUGUCUGGAAAAAUACUACUAUUGUUGGAUCCCCAUCUGAAGGCAAACAGUAUCUGAUCUUUUAGCUACACUAGUAUGGCAAGACAUUAUUUGAGAAAAGAGAUCCCUGCCCCAAAGUUGUGGUUUUGCCUUAUUCUUCUCACUAAUUUAGUAAGAGCAUUGAAGUUCUUUUUUUAUAAUGGUUGGAAAAAUAAAGUUAAAGAAUGACAUUAAGCAGAGGGAAAUGAAACAUUCUGCAUCAGGUAAAGCAGAAGCAAACCCACAAGUAUAGCAUGGGGGUUAGCCAGAUUGGCAGAAGUACUUGCGAAAAGGAACUUGAGGUUGGAGACAAGCCAAGGUCAGCAUGAAGUAGUGUGACAUGGGCAGCCACAUAAUUAAGUCAAUGUGAUUUUUUAUGGUGUUACUAGAAGCAUUGUUUUCUUGGGAAGUAACAGCUCUAGUUAGUUCUCAAGAUGACACUUGUGUGGAGCGAUGUCCUGGUCUGGGCAUUAGAACUAAAAUAAGUUCCUCAAAGGGCAACCAUGGUAGUCAGCAUCAUAUGAAAAACUCACAGGAUCUGAACACUGUUAUAUAGAAAGCCUUGUUCUUCAGAAUUAGGGAGAGAAUUCUACAAGCAGUCCCAAAGUUACCAACAUCUGACUUACAAAUGACUCAUGGUUAUAAAAGGGGAUGAGACAACAGGAAGUGAGAGAAAUCUGCCUCUAAGAAGGGAAAUUAACUCCUGAAAAAAUUAUCAUCACAAAUCCUUGUUUCCAUAACAAGCCCAAAUUUGUGUAACUCACUCACUUGCUCCCUCCCCCCUCUAUAUAUGGAGCUCUCUCACUCCCCCCCCCCCCCCCCAUAUAUGAAUGUUUGUAUGGAGUUACACUUAUGUACCUGUUCCUACUUACAUAGAAAUUCAGUUUAAGAACAAACCUACAGAACCUAUCUUGGUCGUAACUUGGGGACUGCCAGUACAUCUAUCAGAGUCCAUUUCAACUGAAUUUUACCCAACUACUUUACAUUCCAGAAGUUUCUUUUGACUAGUUGCCCAGAGUUUGGAAAACAUACCUUUGGGGCUACAAUUCCAAGAUCCCUUUACUUAGCAUGGCCAGUGAACUCACUAGGAUUUACCUUAAGUAAAAAUAUAUAUACCCGGGCUGUAACAGGAAAGUGUAAGAAUGUAUUCCAGAAAUAUUUCCUGUAAAUGUUAAUUAUGCAUAUAUUUUAUAUUAUAUUUGUAUGUUAAUGCAAUUAUGGGCUCUGAGGUCCUUGUAAGGACAAAGACUUCAUUUUCCAGUAAUACGUAUAUCACAAUAAAGAUACUUGCUCUGUCUCAGUGAAGGGGAUGGAGGCUCUGUUCAUGGAGCAGGACUUUAUCUUCCUGGUGGAAAAAAAAUCUGUCACCACCCACCUACACCCCAAAUCUGCUCCUGAAAAGGUUACUGGAACAAACUGGCUCAUGACAUGGGAAGCUGUAGAACAGAAGGAAGGAUUGCUCAAAACGGACAUUUAUUCAGUGUAUUCUAUUUGUAGAACACUAGAUUCCUGGGUAUAUAUCUUACAGUAGUAAAGUUCUAAAGGGUUGGUCAAAAGACAAAUGUGUUCUAAUGUCUAGCAUAUAAAGGAUGACAAAUAUUUCGUCCACUGCAAUGUUUGUCUUAUAUCUUAUGGUAUACAUUUGACAUUUUUAUUUUUCCUUAAAGAAGUUAUGGAAGACUUGAGUUUGAUCAGAGCAACUGGCAUUACCAAAGAAAUGAAAUCUUUUAAAAUAAAUGGAAUUAUCUACAAUAAAUAAAUAAAUAAUCUGUGUUUUCUAUUUCCCAAUGAACCUGACAUUCGUCCUGGGUGAAAACGUCAUGUUAGUUAUUUGGCCAAAGUGCUGAUGCCUUUCAAAUAAACUGGCUGCAAAAAUAACUGCUCAAA